UUGGUUUGUGUUAGCGGAAGCGUAGGCACGUCACUUCCUGCCUGGCGCCCAGGCGAGGGGAGCGCGUGGCCAUGGCGAGGAAGAGCGGAGGCGGCGGGGCCCACCGGGCCGGGUCCCUGAAGCAGCAGAACAAGCCGCACAAGAGCGGGAGGCACAGCGGGAGCAGCGCGAAGAAGCAGGGCGGUGAGGAGGCCCGUCUGUACAUGUAUAUGCAGUCCUGUCCUGCGUGAAGUCGAUGGCAUCCUUCAGCUCAGGCACAGGCAAACUCGGCCCGCCAGAUGAUUCGAGACUACAAUUCCCAUCAUCCCUCACCACUGGUCCUGUUAGCUAGGGAUGAUGGGAGUUGUAGUCCCAAAACAUCUGGAGGGCCGAGUUUGCCUGUGCCUGCUCCAGCUGGUCCGUCGGGGGGGGGGCGGCAGCUCUUCCGAGACAGGAUGCUGCCGAUGGCUGUGCCAGAGAACUUUAGCUGCGAGACCCCCUUUUACCCCACGUGCGCCCUCUUGAAACCGCUUCGAUCAGCGGAACUGGCAAGAUUACAGGUGCCACAUAGCGCUUCUUUCUGCAGCUGUAAGAAAUUGAUCUUCCCCUGUGGCAGCGCCUGAGCUUUGGAACUCCCCGCCUAUUGAUACCGGGCAGGCGCCUUCACUGCACUCUUUUCAGCACCUGCUAAAAACAUUUUUGCUUAAAUACCCAGGUAUCUAGAACGCUGGUGUGUUUUUAGUUUAUUGCUGUUUUUAAUUUUUGGAACGUUUUGAUUGUUUUUACAGAAAAAAAUUCUCGCUUUAUUCAUAAUGUAAACUGCUUUGAGGUUUUAUUCAAUCAAGCGAUAUAUGAAUUUGAUUAAAUAAACAAACAAAUAAAAUGAUUGGUGGGCAAUGAGUCAUAAGGAUAAGCUUGGCUCAGCAGUGUGGGUGCAUAUGAUCAAGACCAGUAUUUAAACAGUUUCCCUAACUCCAUGUCUUCCUCUGAAUUCUGUUAUGUAUAGCGUAGCACCAUAUGCAUUGAGAGCUUUUUCUCUUCUCUCUCCGCCCUUUCCUUAGGCCGGGUCCCUGCUAAGACACUCAGCCAGCAGCGGCACCGCAAUUUGGCCAAAUUGGACCGCAAGCAUCGGGCCUGGCAGCUCCGCCGGCAGUGCAGGGAGAUGGUGAGUCAGUGAGAAGCUGGUGGGGUGGAGGGCAAGCCUCUUCCUGCUUCUACAGGGGAGGGAGACAAACAUAAGAAGGGCAUCUGCUGGAUCAGGCCAAAGGAGGCCAUCUAUUCCAGAUGCCUAUGGGAAACCUGCAAGCAGGAUUCAAACAAAAGUGUCCUCUCCCCUCCUGCAGUUUUCAGCAGUUGGCAUUCAGCAGCAUUGCUGCCUCUGAUGGCAGAGCAUAGUCGUUGUGUUUAGUGGCCAUCAAUAGUCCUCUCCUCCAUGAAAGGACCUGUGUUUGCUUUUUCUUGGUCACAGGUGUUGGAAGAAAAGCGGAACUUGGGUCGCAAGGAUGGGCCACCCCACUUGGUGGUGGUAGUCCCGCUGCAUGCUGGCGUCGCUAUCCCAAGAGCCUUGAGCCUGUUUCAGAGCAGUGCAGCUUCUACUGUGUGCCAAACCAAGAUGGGCCCACCAGGUUUUGGCCUGCUGUGCCACCAAUCCAGACUCCGGUGGCGCUUUGUGGUGGCUGACACAGGUAGGGACACCUUAGCGUACUGAGACACUGUCGUUACAACAUGCCAGCCUCCACCUUCACAUGUGCCUUUCUUGUCACCCAGGGAACCUCCAUGCUGUGCUGGACCUGGCCAAGGUAGCAGACACCCUCCUUUUUGUGCUGGAUCCUCACGAGGGCUGGGAUGCCGCUGGAGACUACUGCCUUUCCUGCAUCUUUGCACAGGGCCUCCCCAGCUAUGGUGAGAACAGUGUCGAAAGCUGCUGUGCUAGCAGGAGGGGGCUCUUCCUUUACCAAAUCCCUCCUAGCAGAACAGUGUUCGGAUGCCAGGGUUUGAAGUGGCGAGACCAAACUGCAUAACUAGGAAGAACAUCUGAAUUAUAGACUGUGUGAGGGAGCCAGGUAACCUCCAGUUAAGACACAGGGGGAUUUACUGUUCUUUUUAUCCUGAUUUUCAGACAAAGCGGCUCAAGUUAGAGAGAGGCAGGCAGGCAGGCAGGCUUUGCCACUGGCAUAUAAACUAAAAAUGCAACAUGUAAAAGUGGAGAGCGACAGGAAAAGGGAGAGGAAAGAGUCCUUCAAGGUCAGAAUGAAGUGCUGAGUUACAAACAUUUACAUUCAGUUCAGGCAAUGCUGAUCCUCCCUUGCUGAUGUUCUUGUCUGAGCAGUGGAUUGUGGCUCUUUUCUCUUUGGCCAAAGGGUGGGGCCAGAAGGUUCUUUCCACUCCCUUGGGGCAAAUGAUAGCUGGAGCCAAGUGUUAUUUCUGGCUGGGAAGGCGGGUGUAAGCUUGCAGCUCAUGUUUCUUUGGCUGAUAGAUGGGGAUGGGCUGAUCUCCUCCUUGCCAUGGUGUUCUUCCUGAGAGGCAGGGGAGGGGGUCCUUGAUCCUGUGGCUGGUGGCAGAGGUCAGAGAGAGCUGCCCAUCAGGUCUCAUAUUAAAAUGGAUUAGACCAAUUCACAAAGAGGGACAGAUCUUUUGCAGCUGCUGCCCGUGAGUGCUAAAUUGAGCAACUGUGUUAAUUAACAGUCUCUCCCCAAGCCACAUAUAUUGUACACAAACAGGGCAGGGCUGUUGUGUCUGUUUAUCAAGAGACAUUUGGCAGGCCUGAAUUGGAAAUGCGAUGGCAGAUGAGACAAAUUUUGGAUCUGAUCCACUAUGCCUCACCCUGUGUUGUUGAACUUAUACCAACUUAUGGAAGGGAUGGGCAGUGGGCUUCCAGUCAGUGCUGCAAGGCUGCUUACGUUUGUAGAGCUGGAAAGGACCCCAAGGGUCAUCAGGUCCAAUCUCCUGCAAUGCAGGAAACUUUUUGCUGUAUGUGGGGCUUGAACCCACAACCCUGAGAUGAAGUCUCAUGCUCUACCAACUGAGCUAUCUCAGGGAUACCUUGCUGGCAUCUAGAGGUUUUGGUCCACGCUGCCUUGGGGGGUCCCCUGAGCUUCACAGCUGCCUGUAAGCAGACAUUAAAGCCUACCCAGCCAUUGAUGCUUCUCUCCCGUUUGUCACCUGCAGGCCUUGCUGUUCAAGGUCUUUCUGACCAGCCGCUAAAGAAGCAGAUUGACUGCCGCAAGAAGCUGAACAAAGCCAUCGAGAAGAGGUUCCCUGAAGACAGGCUCUUCCCCCUCGACACAGAGCAGGAGUCCGCCCUGCUGCUUCAGCACCUGGCCAGCCAGAAGCAGCGGCACCUGGUCUUCCGAGACCGGCGGGCUCACCUGCUGGCCACUGCCGCCACUUUCGUGCCCAGCACAGACAGCGCCUUGGUGGGGACCCUGAAGGUGUCUGGUUACGUCAGGGGACGGAGCCUGAACGUGAACAGCUUGGUGCAUAUUGUGGGACACGGGGACUUCCAGAUGAGUCAGGUGGAUGCCUCCCCAGAGCCCUUUGCUCUAAACUCCAGAACUGCAAAAGUACACCCAAGGAGCAUGGGGGACCAGGUAGGUUCUGUUGCCUGGCUGGUGGGGUGGGGGGCAGGAACUGGAAGGUAGGAGGAGGCAGCAAAUGCUUGUGGGGGUGGGGGAGAAAGCAUCUCCUUUGCCCCCAGGUGGCCAUGCUUGAACUUCUCUCCCCUGGUUUCUAGGAUGACCUUGUCAGGAGAGAAGAGGAGAUGGAGGAAGACGUGAAGGUGCUCAGCAAGGCUGAUGCCAGCAAGCAAGAGUCUCUGCAGUCAGAAGUGACCCCUGACCCCAUGGAUGGAGAGCAGACCUGGCCCACCGAGGAGGAGCUGAAAGAGGCUGAGGGUCAGUCUGAGCCUUGUCCAUCCUACCUGCCUCCUACUUUAGACCAGCUGUCUUUUUGUCGCUUUGCACGUGGGCUGGGCUGAGGCUCUCCUUCUCUUUCAGGCUCAUUAUGGUCUGGGUUGGGCUUCAAACGCUGCUUCCUUGUUAAAUUAUAUAUUUCAUUAACAUUAUACCCUGCUUGAUUGUAAGAAGAAAAACCCUCAAAGUGAUUUAUUUAUUUUUGUAAACCCAAUAGAAUUAUCACUAAGAAAAAUCAUCAAGAAUUAUUUGAGACAUUCAGAAAGUCUAAAUAACAAUAUACAAAAAACAGAUUGCAGCUUGAGCUAGCUUUUUAAAUGUCUGGGUAGGUUUAUAGUUUUUGGCAUUGCAAAUCGUUUUAUCGCUUCUUAACGGUAGUGUGUAAAAGCACCAGCAGUGUGUGCUUUUAAAUAGUUCAGCUUCACUUUCCUGGUGCUGUAAAGCAGCCUUUGCUGUAACUGCUUCAGUUUGGCCAGAUGAGGAGCGGUGAGCGCGCUCUCUCUCUCUCUCUCUCUCUCUCUCACGCUGGCUAACUGCGCUUGCACUUCCAGAGUCCUUGGCACAGAGGAAGAAGAUGACCAAGAGGGUCCCAAAAGGCACAUCUGCCUACCAGGCUGCCUGGAUCCUGGACAACAAUGACGAAUUGGAGAGUGGCAGUGAGGAGGACGAUGAGGAGGAAGACAAGGAAGAGAAUAUGGUGGAAGAGCCCAUCUCCCAGGUAAUGGGAUUGGGGUUAGUGCACAGCAGGAAGGUGUCGCCGGCAUCUGAUGGGCAAGUGGGGAAGGAGGAGAGCUGGGGAGAAUGGGUUCAUUGUAGGUAUUCUGGACUGUUCAGGAACAGCUGGGUGCAAGAAGCGGGGGACUUGAUGUGCAGGAACCCUAAAAUGUUGGCUUGGCUUACUAGCUGGACUCUAUGCUUGCUGCCAAUACUGUCAAAGUCUUUUGGCAUGUGUUCAAAGGGUAGGGUAGAGAGGCAAAGGGAAUCUCUUACUUGAUUUGUGUUAGGAAGAAAGUAGGAAACUGCUGGAGAGAGGCUUGAACCUUGGAGCUAGCGGGACCCAGCAGAAGGAGUCAUCUCCUGCUUGGCAUCUUCUCUUGAGAGCCAGGAACAUGUUUUGGUAGUGAGAUAGAUUAGUGGACCCCUGCUGAUGGUGGAAUGAAGAGCGGCAUUGUGCGUGCAUAGCACUGAGAGGUCAGAAUUCGGGGAGGGGGAUAGGAAGCCGCCAUAUGCAGAGUCAGACCAUUGGUCGAUAUUGCUCGAUAUUGUCUGCACUGACUGGCAGAGCUCUCCUAGCCCUACCUGGACAUGCCAUCAGGAAUUGAAUCUGGGACCUGUUGCUUGCCAGGCAGAUCCUCUUCCACUCAGCUGUGGAUCUUCUGUGAUCCAUAAAGAGGAACAUGGUUGUAAGAGCGUAGCAAAGAGAGAUGGCAAGCCAUGAGUGUCUGUCUUGACUGCCAGCCUAGUAUUUUAUUUUAUUUUUCAUUUCAUGUCAUUCUUCAAGUAGUAGUAUACCAAUUACGUAGACAUGGUGCCUUUUUCCUUUAAAAGGUUUCUUUCUUCAAACACUUUCUCUCUUGUCUCUCACAACCCCAUGUGGGUUGCUUUUUCGUAUGCUAGGAUGGGAGUGGCAGUGAAGAGGAGGAGGAGGAGGAGGAUGAAGAGGCCACAGAGGAAGAGGAGGGUCCAGACAUGACCCUCCUGGACGAUGAGAAGAUGGAGGACAACGAGGCAAUUCUGGAGAAGUACAGGCAGGAGCGGCAGGAGGAGAUGUUUCCAGAUGAGGUGGACACACCACGAGAUGUGGCGGCCCGGAUCCGGUAAGAGCCUCCUACAUGCAGGGUGAAAAGGUAGGAGUGCCUGCAAUGGGAUGGCGAGGUCUGCCCUGGUUUGCUACAUUUAUCGCGGCCAGUUGCCAAAGCGAGGCCGGGUCUUGAUGCCCAGGUUCAUGUUAGACUGGGCUUUGGGAACAGAGGAGCCUUGCAGCUCCUCCUGAAGCUGGUUCACAGGCAGCUCCUCUGCUGAGUGUGGGAUAGGCAAAGGCAGGAGGCCGGGUCUCUUGGAGCGCUGACUCCCUCUGGUUGUCUCCAGGUUCCAAAAGUACAGAGGACUAAAAAGUUUCCGGACCUCUCCAUGGGACCCCCAAGAGAACCUGCCCAGGGACUAUGCCCGGAUCUUCCAGUUCCAGGAUUUCUCCCGGACGAGGAAACACGUCUUCCGGCAGCUGGAGAAGGAGGAGAGCAGUGGAGCUGAGGUAGACCUUUCCUCCAGGCUCCAGAUCUGGUCUGGUUCUGCCAUACACCCUGAAGGCUCCUUGCUCCCAUCGGUCCUGUUAAAAAAUUGCAGAGCUGGAGGGCAGAGGAGUGGGAGACAGCUGGGUGCAGUGAUCCCAGGCAUGGGAUCAUUUGCACCCAGCCUCCCCUGAAACAAGCUCAGGGCAAAACAAGAGCAAGCCAAAAGAGCCUGCAGGGGCAAGAGCUCCAUGUGGCUUGAGCUAGUCCGUGCCACGGUGGAGGGCAAAAGCCAUGUCACCUGGGGUUGCCUGUGGCCUGCGAUUCCUUGGUUGUGUAGAACCUGCAACAACUCAGCACAGAACUGAGAAGCUUGAGCACCUUGUGGGUUUUCCUUCAAACAUGAGAGCAAGUUUGCAAAGAGAAGCUGGAAAGUGCAAGGCGCCUGGUCUUCUGAAAUCUUGGAAGCCAGAGAUGGGCCUGAAUAAAGUUUCCUCUGGGCAGGGGCAGAGCCUCAGCCCCCCUUCCUUGCUCCUGGCUUCCCUCCAGGACAGUCCAGAGCAGCCUCCCCCAUCUGAUGCCUGCCAGGUGUUUCGGACUGCAAUUCCCUUUAGCCCUAGCCUCAUGCAGAAGCUGACGGGGUCUGAGAGCAGCCAUGGUGCAAAACCUCUGGGGGGCAUCAGGUUGAAGAAGGCUAGUCCACAAUAAUGGGCUAGGUUUUUUUUACUAUUGCUUUUAUUGAAAUGAUUUCAUGGAUAACAAAGGUACAUAAAAGGUCGUGUUUCUUUUUUUAGUUCAUAAACUCCUAUCUGCAGGCGUGUUACAUUUGGUGUGAGAUAUUUCUGUCAUAGACAUUGUGAGUGGGGGAGAAAGCUAAGGGGAGAGAGAGAGGUGGGAGAAGGAAGGGGGUAAUGAUUUUUCCGUCUUUUGCAUAGUGCAUGCGUUGGGUCUUGUGUCAGCGUCACGUGGAUAGGUUCUUCAUCUAUUCAGUUGUUAGUUUUUGUUGGCGGUGAGAGAAAUUGGGGAGCCCAGAGCAUGGUUGGUUGCAUUCAGCUGCUUGCAGUGCGUUUUGCUUGUGUGUGAGUGGGGGUGGGGUUGCUGGAUCAAAUUACCGUAUUUUUCACUCCAUAAGAUGCACCGUUGACCAUAAGACGCACCUAGCUUUUAGAGGGGGAAUGCAAGAAAAAAAAAAUUCUUUAAAGGGAGUGCUGAGCAGAGCCUGUAUGCAGGCGCAACGUGUGUGUGGCGCUUGCAGGCUUUUCCCCCAGGAGGGAAAAGGGCAGCCUGUCACUGACGGGUUGCCCUUCUCCCUCCUUGGGGAAAAGCCCCCAAGAGCUGCACACACGCUCAGCACGGCUCUUUAAAGGGAGCGCAGCUCUUGGGGGCUUUUGCGGGAGAUGGGGGAAGGGACUGAGGAGCUAAGCCAGAAACUAGAACAGCAAUAGGGAGCGCUGCGCAGUGAAAAAUACGGUAGCCAUAUCAAUUUGUAUGCUGUCCGGGGUGUGUGUGGGUUAUGUUGUUGUCUUGUAAUAAAGGGGAGCUACACUGGGGUGAAGGCAUCUUGUUUGUCCCCCUGCUAAUUUCAGUUUGCUCAGUAUUGGGCUAGUUGAACCAAUGGUUCGAUUCUGUAUAAGGCAGUAGGGUGUGUUCAUAACCUCAGCUGGAUAAUCAGUGUAGGCUUUGGAACUUGGAGCUUCAUUUGGCACAGGUAGGUAGUUGUGUUGGUCUGCCGUAGUCGAAACAAAAUAAAAGAAUUCCGUCCAGUAGCACCUUAGAGACCACCGAAGUUUGUUAUUGGUAUGAGCUUUCGUGUGCAUGCACACUUCUUCAUUUGGCAGCCCUUGAUGUGCGACCUCAGCUUAUUAUUGAGAUUUCUCAGUUUGGGUGAAACUGCAUCAGGUGAAACUGCAUCAGAGCUUGCAAACUAGGCCCAGGGUGGCGAGCCCAUGGCCCCCGAUGCUGCUGGGCUUGUAGCUCCUGUCAGCCGCAGCUAGUAGGCAGGGUGAAUGGGAGCUGUUGGCCAGCCACGGUUGGAGGGCCUUAGGCUGCCCACCCCUGCUUUAUCAUAGAAUCAUAGAAUCAUAUGAUUAGAUAAAGCGGGGGUGGUGGGGCCUUGCCCAUCCUGAUCCAUUGCUUGGGGUUUCACACGCAAUGAGUCUGUGCACAUUUAAACCAGCUCUUGGCAUUUGGUUGUCUGGGGCAGCCUUUGCCAAUCUGGUGCUCUUCAAAUGCUUUGAAGGACAGCUCGCAUCAGCAUCGUAUGGCCAUCUUGGUUGACCAGCUUGGUAAAAGCUGGUGUUUCCAAAUUGCUUACAGUCCUUUUCUGGUCUCCAGUACCUGUUUGCUGAUGGGCAGAGUUUCUGCUCCUUCCUGCUUUCUGAACCCACCAUUUCCUACUUUGCUCCAGGCGCUGCCAGGUUCGCUCUUUCACCCUGUCUUCCCUUCCUGCAGGUCGGCUGUUAUGUCACGCUGCACAUCUGCAGUGUCCCCGCCUCGGUCAUGGAGAGUUUCCAGCAGCAGGCGCCUCUGUUGCUCUUCACGCUGCUUCCUUACGAACAAAAGGUGAAUGGGGAGGGGAGCAAUUUGGGGGUUCUGGCCACACCCAGCUGUGCUGUGCCCCCUUCACUUAAGCUGACAGCUUUUCAUCACAAUGUCUGAAACUGUCUAACGUUGAAAGGGCAACCAAAAUGAUCAAGGGGAAAGGUUGCAGCAUCUGGGGUUUUUUAGUUUAAGGAAAAGGCAAGUAAGAAGAGACAUGAUAGAAGCUUGUUAAAUUUAGCAUCACAUGGAGAAAGUAGAUAAAGAAAAGUUUUCCCCCCUCAACACAAGUACUUGUGAACAUCCAAAUGAAGCAGAAUGUAAAUGUAAAUGAAGCAGAAUGUAAGAUUUAGGACAGAUGAAAUAAAGUCCUUCUUCAUGAAGUGCAUAGUUAAACUGUGGAACUCCCUCCCACAGUGAUUGGCCGCUAACCUGGAUGGCUUGAAAAGAAGAUUAGACAAAUUAAUGAAGCAGAGGGUUAUCGAUGGCUACCAGCCACAAUGGGUCUGCUCUGCCUCCCCAGUUGGAGGCAGCAGUGCUUCUGAAUACCAGUUUCUGAAAACCACAGGAGGGGAAAGUGCUCUUGUGCCCAGGUCUUGCUUGCAGGUUUCCCAGGGCCGUGUGGCCGCUGUGAGAACAGAAUGCUGGACCAGAUGGGCCCCCUUUGGCCUGAUCCUGCAGCCAGGAUCUUGUUCUGUUCUUAUGACACCUGACAAGCAUUUGGUGAUUCUCUUGCCUGCCUUGGGUGUGAGUUUGGGCUAUUCCUAAGGCUCCCUCUUUUCCUCCCCUUUUCUUCUCCGUGCUCUCUGCAGAUGUCUGUGCUCAACCUCCUGGUGAGACGCCAGCCGGGUGACACUGAGCCCGUCCGGUCUAAGGAGGAGGUGAUUGUCCAUUGCGGCUUCCGCCGCUUCCGAGCCUCCCCGCUCUACUCCCAGCACAGUUCAGGUGAAUGAGCGUUUCCCCCCUCCUGUGCCCCAGGCUUCCUGUUUGGGCCCCUGCAGUUGGUUCUGUGAAUGUGUGUGUCCAGAGAAGUCUUGGUGAAAGUCCUAUGCUGAACAUGUGGAACAGGGUAGCGGGUCUUCAGAUGCCCCAGCCCCGUGUUGUGCCGUCGUUGAAUACUUUGGGUGAUCUGGAAUGUAUAGUGCAAACACAUCUCACAUGAGGCUUCUGUUCCAGGAACAGCACAUGUACACAAAAUUGCACAUAGCCAAAAGCUGCUGGCUGGCAAUGGGGGGAACCCCAUGUGGAGGACCUCCCUGUGUCUCCACUUGUCAGGUGACUAAAUGCUGCUCCCUUGGCUGCAGAAGGGAGCAAAGAGGCAGACAGCAAAGAGGCAGCAGCUGCUGCAGAUCCAUUCCAGCCUUUAUCUUCUGCUUGCACCUCCAUCUGUCUGCCGAGCAGAGAAAAAUAUUUCUUCUUCCCCUGCCUGCCUCCCUCCUUUGUUCUGUCCUAGUCUCUCUCCUUCCUCCACUGCAGCUGUUGCCUGGAAGGGUGCCAGCAGAGUGCAUGUAAUUCAAUUUUUGCAAGUAAGGGGUGGGUGUGAGGUGCAAUUGCACUACAUUGUUUGCCUGGACAAAGAAGUGUGUUUGUGUGUGUCUGAUGUUUGCAUGGUUGGAAUACUAUAUAGGCUGCUAGCCAAUGAUAAGCCAAAGGUAAGACUCACACCUGUUGCUCCACCUACCACUGGAAGGUAGACCAGGUGGACCUUCAGGCUGGAAAAAAGGCCCCUGCUACCUUUCUAGCUGCAUCAUCCUGCUUCAGUGCUGCCUGGGACAUCACACAGCUACUUGCCCUGAGCCAGACAGACGCACUUGCUUGACCGGUCUGAGUGCCAGGCAGCUCCUUCCUGAUGCUCCCAGGAAAAGUGGAGCAAGGUGAGGCUGGUCCUUCAGUGGCAGAGGCUGCAGCCACAGCUUUCCAUUCUGUCCCUGGGAGCUUUCCUGGACAGAGCUCUGUAGCCUUGUAAUUCCACAAAGGGGCUGAGGAUUGGUGAAAGAGACCUUUCUGCGGCUCCAGGGCAGGGGCUGACGGUGUGCUUUCCUUCCCUCAGCGGACAAGCACAAGCUGGAGCAGUUUCUGCGGGCAGACACCGCCACGGUCGCCACCAUCUACGGCCCUAUCACUUUCCCACCUGCUUCUGUGCUGCUCUUCAGACAGAAGAGCAAUGGUGAGUUUGGUAUUAAGGGGAGGGCCUUUGGGGCAGGUGGGUUGUCAGCCCUGGGCCUUCUCCUGCUGCUGCCUCAGUUCCUGCCCAUGAGCAGCAGCCUGCUCCAGCGUGCCGCCCUCCCAAUGCUUUGGACUACAGUUGUGCUGACUGGGGAUGAUGGGAGGCGUAGUCCGAAGCAGCCAGCAGGUGAUGGGCUGGGGAAGGUUGUCUACACCAGUGGUGUCCAAGGUGGGCAAGUCACCCCCUGGGGGUGGGGUGGGAUUACCUGGGGGGCACUAAGAGGCAGAGGUGUCCCAAGACUUUGAAAAGCUGGUAUCACUGCAUCAAUUGGUUUUGUUGAAUUCAUUGAACCAAAUAGUUUGAAUUGGUUUUUUGAAUAAAUGUGAUUUGAAUUUUAUUGUGUUACUGUCUUCCUUACUGGUUCAUGCAGUAAUGAUUUUUGUAGCUUUGGGGACACUGGGGGGGUGAGUUUAUGGAACAAAUGGGCAGUGGUCCUGAAAAAGUUUAGGAACUGCUGUUUUGACAGCAACUUGGAAUCUACUUGGCUCGUUGAGAACAGCUGUCUGUUUGAACUACCCUGUCUUAUUUACUGGUGGCACUGCUGCAGUUUUUAAAUAUUUGUGUUGGUGCUGUUGAAUGGUCACUGUGAUGUGUGGGUGGGUGUUCCUUUUCCUUUCCUUUUUUUAGCAUGGGUAGCAGAAAAGGAUUGACGACUUUGGCUUUGAGCCAAGAGCAUUUCCAGCCCCUCGCCAUAGAUGCCAGCUGGUUACUAUUGAUAUCUUUUCCCACUUGAAAAGUGGUGCAAUGCUACUACUGUUUUGCUGGCUGGGUGAAGCCUGCAUUUAUUGCACAGGCUGUGGUGAGCUGGCUCCUAGAACUGAGCGCUGUUGCCCAUCCAGCAGCACGCUUGAUAAUUGCGUUUCUCUGCAGGAGCUCACAGCCUCCUGGCCACAGGCUCCCUGCUCAGUGUCGACCCUGACCGGCUGGUGAUCAAGCGGGUGGUGCUCAGUGGCCACCCAUUCAAGAUCCUCAGCAAGAUGGCAGUUGUGCGCUACAUGUUCUUCAACAGAGGUAUGUCGGGACCCAGAGGGAAGAGUGUCUGGCAGAGCUGCUGCUUGUUAGGGAGGAGUUGGGGAAGUGCCCUAGACUUGGGUCUGCAAGGCAGCACAGGCCUUGCCUGUCCACAUGCUGCCAGUCUGGUGGGUUUGUCUAUGGGAUGGCAAGCUAGCUGCUGUGGAAUAACCCAGACUCAGAUCUUCGGGGAAGGCUCUUUUCUCAGUGGCUGCUCUGAGUCUCUGGAGGGCCCUAGGGAAGCUAGACUGGCUCCCUUUCUUGUCCUUCUGCUGGCAAGUGAAGACUGUUUUAGUCCAACAGGUCUUAGGGAACUGGCUGCUUUUUAAGGAAAGAGCUCUAAUAGUGCCGUGCUGUUUUUAUUAUCUGUAUCUUAAUAGAUUUGUUUUAUAUAGUUUCAAUUCUAAUAAAGCUCAAUUGCUUUUUAGCUUUUUGUGUUUUACCUGUGUUGUUUUGUGUCAGCUGCCUCGAGACCCAGGGAAAAGGUGGGAUGUAAAUAAAUAUAAUAAUCUACACUCAUUUCCCCCUGGGAAUGCAGUGCUUGAAUAUUGAGCCAGAGGGAGGUUCUGCUAGUUCUGCGCUAUCCUAUGGACACCUUCCACCCCACUGUAUUCCAGAGCACCCUGUGAAUGAAAGCAAGGCCUGGGGAAAUUCAUUUUGGAAUGUGCAUCAGUGGGCAGCAGCUGAGUUCCACUUAAUCUUCGUUCUCUCUCAUAUCCUACAGAGGAUGUAUUGUGGUUCAAGCCAGUGGAGCUCCGGACCAAGUGGGGGCGCCGGGGGCACAUCAAGGAGCCUCUGGGUAAGUAUACGGGCCCAGCUCUUGAAGGGGAUGGGGGCGCUUAGCUUAUGAUGAGCAUGCCAGCAGAUCUCUCUUUCUGAACUGUGUUUUAAACUGCUGCCUCCCCCUCUCUUCUCUGCCGGCAGGUACCCAUGGCCACAUGAAAUGUCAGUUUGAUGGGCAGCUGAAGUCCCAGGACACAGUGCUGAUGACCCUCUACAAGCGGGUCUUUCCCAGAUGGACAUACGAUCCCCACGUGCCAGAGCCACCGCGGGAGAGUUUGAGCAGCCUCCUGCCUGGCCAGGAGGAAGAGGAAAUGGAUUAGCAGCUGCAGGGGACCCAGUUUUGUCUAACUUUGCACUUUGCCUAUGUUCAUUUGUAUCCUAUUUAUUUUUGGAGGAAAAUACUAUUUCCAAGGCAAGCCUUGGCCUCUG